GAUGGCGGAGUUUUUUCAGGAUGAACCAGAAACAACGUCUUCUCCCUCAGCAACAUUAUCAUCAUCAAUACUGUAUGAACCAUGUCCUCUUUGUAAAGGGAAGGCAAAGAGGUUUACAUGUGAAUCAUGCAUUACCGAAGGGAAUUUUUCACAUUCAAAAAGAAAAUAUUCCGACCACAGCUACUGUGAGAUGUUAGCAAGGUUCGAGGACUUAAAACGUCUAAAAGUUGCCUUUGAAGACAGGGUCGUGGCAAUACUAGCAAAAAGAAGAGAAUUGGAUAAACUGUCUGAUGAAGUAUUAAUGAAAAAAGAUAGAAUUCGAUGUCUGCAACAAGUAUUGCAUAACCUUCAAGAGGAUUUUAACCAAGAUGUACUACAGUUGACUUCCUUAAGAGAAAUUAAUGCUGACAAGAAAACACAGUUGACAAGCAAUCAAGAGAAACUAGAAAAACUAGCAGAAUUAAAGAAACAGUAUCAGGCAAAACUAUCUGAGGACAAGCAAUCACUUUAUGAGAUACAAAAGAAACUGUGUGAGCAGAGAAGAACAAGUGUGCAAAGAAUCCAACAGUAUCUUUUCCCUGUCAAGGCAAUACCUGUCUACCCCAUGAUGGGGACACCACCACCACAUGAAAAAUCUUCGGACUUGGACAUAGUUAAAGAUCUCGAGGUGGAUGAAGAUCUAGCCAAUGAGAGUGUAGAAUCUGCCUUAGCGGAAGCAACGCGCACUUCAUACGUAAAGGGACAAUGGAUCUCCAGGGAUGAAGAAGUGAGAUUAGAAUACAGCAUUGUUGAUGACUCUUGCAUUCUGAAUGGCAGUGGUGACUACUCUGAGUAUUGCAAUUGGGUGAAGGCACACAGAAAUGGCUCCCGAGGUCCAGACGAAGAGAUUGGCYUCAGAAAUCCUGCAUUCACGAUAUGCGCAGGUCUAACUCACACCGCACAAUUCUUAGAACUGUUAGCUUAUUAUUUUGAUGUCAUCCUUCCCAAGAGAUUAAGUUACAGCGAAUUCUGUCACUUCGAACUUAAUAAAGGGGAUUUCAAGAACACAGUCAGACGUUUAAAUGCAAAUAUACUUCAUCUAUGUUUUAGUCAGAACGUGGAUCCAACAUUACUUCAUCCUGACCGCACCAUCCAUAACCUUUAUGCUCUUCUUAAUUCAGCGUCACUUGGAAGUGCUGGCCCAUUCGAAUGUCACCCCGAACUUUUCCUAACUUCAUCCGAUCCAGACAACGAAGAUGAAAGUGACUUCGACUCUGAUGUCGAGACAAACAGCGAAUCUGAUGCUGACUGGGAAACGCUUCCCAAAAAUCCCGACGUUCCCGUUUCACCGAUAGAUUCAUCGCUAAACAAUAGAGUAACGCCAGAGGACGUUAUAGGUGAACAGGGGGGAGAUAAUCCUGCAAUGGCGUCGAGUCUAGUGAGCUCAGCUGCGGCGUCUGUAGCGGCACUGUGGCCAUGGAAACGAUGACAGUGCCUGAAUGACAAAAUCCGCAUUGUAGGUUUUUAAGGGAUUUUUAGCAUUGAUGGGUUCGAAUGGGGUAUAUAGAUCCCACAAUGCCUUAUUUUCCACGUUUAGUGUCAAAUUUAUUCUUUAGUAUUUGUUUAAAAAAGAAAUUUGAAAGAAUACAUUUGAUCAUUACAUCUGAACAAGCACGGAAAAUAAAGCGUUGUGGGAUUUAUUGAAAGGGUCUAAAGAUUUGUGAACAUUUUAAUCAUUUUAAAGUCAUUACAGCAGAUCUGGAAUGCUUGACGAACGAAAUGUUUAUACCAAGAAUAUAUGAUGGCCUUUCUUUAAAUCCAGGAGCAAAAGAAUAUCAAAACUGGCUGAGGGAAGUUUAGUUAAGAAACUUAAACUAACUUGGAGCAAGAAAAUAAUAAUCACAUUCCUUCUCGAA